AUGCAUGGAAACUUUACAAACAAGAUAGUGGGUAAGAGCUUGUCAAAAGACGAGAAAGCUAGGAAGUUGGCUUUGCAACACUGGCUUGAGGCAAUUGAUCUUCGACAUCGCUAUGGCCACAAUAUGCAAUUCUAUUAUCAUGCUUGGCUCCACUGUGACAGUAACCAACCCGUUUUCUAUUGGCUUGACAUACAAGGAAAAGAAUUGAACCAUGAAAGAUGUCCAAGAUCAAAACUAUACCAACAAAGCAUCAAGUAUCUUGGUCCGACUGAAAGAGAGGCAUAUGAAGUUGUGAUUGAGAACAGCAAACUAAUCUAUAAGCAAAGUGGGAUAGCUCUGGACACAAAAGAAGGUCCUCCAGAUGCAAAGCGUUUUUUUGUCCUAAGCGUGUCUAAGAUCAUGUAUACAAACAUUAACAAGGUUCCAUUUCAAAACUUUCAAAACCAAAGAUUCCCACGGUAGAUCAGGAUGAUGGUGAAGAAGAAUCUGAAACUCCAGAAGAAGGAGAAGAUAAUGAAACGUAUAGACUCACACACAAAGGAAUGAAAUCUUACCGGUUAGCUGAGGGAGGCUACACUCGAGAUGAAGUACUGGUGCUGCGCCUAGUUUAGGGUUCUUGAACAAGCUCAGCUAUCUCUAAGAGCUUCAAGCUUUUCAAACCCAUCUCCUUUUGGCCCGGUUAGAUCACGAGGAACAAAUCUUGGGAAAAGUCCUUUGGUUCAAGAACUUGAGAGUCUUUGGUCUAUAUAUGAAGCAAAUGCUCAUGUAAUGAAGUGAUUAAGCUUGAAUAUUUUUUUGUUAUGUAGUGUGCAGAAACUAAAGGCUUGAAUGAAGAAUGAUCUUAUUAUGUGUGUGCCUUGUUCUACAAGUCACCUUUUCAUUAUUAUCCUUUUCCAUAUUUUUGUCGUGUAGUUAUUUUUUAAUCAAUUACGAAAUCAUAUAAAGUAGAGGACAUCAUGUCCCUUUAAUGAAUUUUACUCUUCAGCUGAAUUUUAAUUGUCCGUAGAAAAUGCUAAUAAAAAUAUAUCAAACCAAACCAAAAGCUGCGUUUAAAAUUAAAACGACUGGUUGCCCAAAAAAAAACGACUGAAGUUACCAACAGGUCCUUAAAUAUCUAGAAAAACCUAACCCUAAAACCGUGUUCUUUAUUAAGCGUUGGCUGCAUCAACUCUUACAAUUGGUGCAGUUCUCAAACUAGUUUUUUCUCCAGGUGAGUUCCUCACAUUCUUGUUCUGUCUUGCUUCUUGAACCCUUUGAUUUGCCUUCAGAAUGUUUUUGUCUUGAAGAUAUACAUAUAUAUUAUUCACUCUUGCUUAUUAGAUUGUGCUUAUGUUAUGGAAGAUUCAGACAUAUGCAGAUCCACUUUUAUUUUCUUGUGUGUGUUUGAAUGCAUUGAUGUAUUUCAAAUAAGAUUGGUGUAUUAGUUGCUUCCAUAUUUGAAUCAAUGCUAAUGUCAAAGAGUUUGUAUAAAAACUGAGAAAAUUUUCUAUUGUUCAUCGGUUUUAUGACAAAAAUAUAUGUAUUUUGCUGGAGUUAAUUUGUUUCAUAUCUGUAAUCUUCAUUUGAUCAUGCUUCUCGUUUAAUGGCCAUUUUUUCCACAUCAUCGUUUCAAUAGUAUUAUGCAAGCCAAUUGUGCCGAGUCACGUUUAUAAGCUUGGAAUCAAUGAAAGUAUUCUGAGUUGUUCUAAAUCUGAAGUUGGUUGAUGAGUUGAUCCAAAUUUUGGAAAUUGAGUGAUGAAUAAGGUUUUUUUUUUGUGUUUCAAAAAAAAAGAAUAAGGGUGUUAGUAGUUAGUUUUAUCUUUUUCAUUUUCAUUGCUUCUUUUUAAUGUGAUUCUUGUUUUUGAAUGUCUUAUGAGGAAUGUAGAUUCUCCUUGCUUCCACUGCCUAACAUUUACCUCUCCCCCUAAGAAAGAUGUUGAAUUCGAAGUUAUUUGCUAAGCCUGGAAGUGAAAGUGAAAAUGGAAGUAGCACCGAGGAAGAGUUAGAUGAGGUUCAAGAUACCAAUACUGCUGGUGGUGCAUCUCGUUAUCUUCCAGGUGGCAGUGACACUGAU